GAUACCGGAAGUCGUGCAAUGCGGGCUCGCGUCUCGUGGUCACAGAAUGAAUGAUAAAAUGGCAACAAAUUUCAAUCGUUUGCCUCCUCUACCGGCAUUACGAGAUUUUAUCCACAUGUAUCGAUUGCGUGCGAAGAAAAUUUUAUCACAAAAUUAUCUUAUGGACAUGAACCUGACUAGAAAGAUUGUAAAAUCUGCUGGAGUGCAACCGGGGGACUGGGUUUGCGAAGUUGGCCCUGGUCCCGGAGGAAUCACUAGAGCCAUUCUAGAGUCCAAUUGCGAACGACUUGAUGUGGUGGAAAUAGAUCAGCGCUUCAUACCGCCCCUUCAGCAUCUGGCCGAAGCUGCUGAGGACAGGCUUCAUAUUCAUCGUGCUGACGUGCUCAAAACCAAUAUUGGCGAAAUCUGGGGUAAAGCUGGAGCUAAAAAAGGAAGAGAGUGGAGUGACCCAAUUCCGGAGAUGCAUAUUAUAGGAAACCUGCCAUUCAAUAUUGCUUCUCCUCUAAUUAUCAAACUACUGAAGGACAUGUCCUAUCGACGAGAUGCUUGGCAAUUCGGGCGAGUUCCGUUGACGCUGACAUUUCAAAUGGAAGUGGCAAAAAGGAUAUGCAGUCCCAUUGAUGAUGAUGCUCGGUCGAGACUUUCAAUCAUGGCUCAGUACCUGACGGAGCCGAAAAUAAUGUUCAGAAUUCCUGGUGCUUGCUUCGUACCUCGACCGGAUGUUGAUGUUGGUAUAGUACGCUUCAUUCCGCGAAUUCAGCCGUUGAUUAAUGUACCGUUUGAGGUUGUGGAAAAGCUUUGUCGCCAAGUGUUUCACUAUCGACAGAAAUACAUGAUCAAAGGGUUGAAGACGUUGUAUCCGAAAGAGCUAGCUGACGAUAUGGCGCAUCAGUUGUUGAAGAGUUGCCGAGUGAAUCCGAAAGCAUCAUCAGUUCAGUUAGGCAUCGAAGAGUUUGCCGAUCUCGCCGCGGGAUAUGAGAAGCAAUGCCUAGACAUGCCCGGACUCUUCCCUUAUGAUUACACUAAACCAAAACGGACCGUUGCUUCAUUAGCGAAAUCAUUAGGAGCCCUGCCACCGUCGAAUCCUUAUCAAGUACAAAAAAUGCCUGAGGACGGCGUCAGGUUAGCUGAGGCGGACAAAUUCUUGGUUUAAUGUUUAUUUAUGGGGCUGCCCUUGUUAGUCUUACAAUUAUUACGUGACAGAUUGCGUAAAGUGAGUACCUCUUUGUGGUGGCUAGACCAUUCUGUGCAAAAUCUGUAUUUUUUAUCAACUCUGUUGUUGUCUCAUUAUUUGAU